AUGUUUGCCUCGCACUGCGACACAAGUGCUGAUGAUGAAAGGUUGACCGAUGUGCAUGUCAAGUCCAGUCAUGCUGACCCCACAGCUUCAGACAAAUCGAGCAAGCGACCUGAUGCAAAGCAUUCAGACACGCACCUGCAUGUCGGCAUGGAGGUCGACGUGAGGUGGGAGGAGUGCUGGUGGCCGGCAACGAUCAAAGAAAAGAAGGUGUCGGCAAGAGGAGGCGAGGUUAACCUGCUUGUCGUGUUCGAGAACGGAGAGCAGGAGUGGAUUGACGCGAAGGAUCAGAUUCGAGCUCGAAGAACCGUGAAGAAGGACGCCAACAGCAUCUAUGACCAGGCCGAGUUGAGAGUCCCGAACCGAACGCUGAGCGAUGCAGAGUAUUGGAAGGCGGUGGGAGCGAAGGCGAGUGACUUCAACAAGGACCAGGCUGACCUGCUUUCCGAGUUGCUGGAGAACAGGUUGAAAGGAGGAGCCGAAGUGCUCGAGGUUGGUGCGGGCGCGAAGUCAUUCAUCCCGUCAGAGAGGAUUGCCAGCUUGCAUGGCAUCGGGGUGGUGAAUGAGCACCUGCAGUCCAACUCUGCUCUCACCAAGUUCUCUGUGCUCGACCUCAACGCCGAGCACGUGGCGUUUCCCUUCCAGGAGCAGUCGUUUGACGCUGUUGUCUGCUCAGGCGUCAUGCCCUACCUGCAGUUUCCCCUCCAAGUCUUCGCUGAAGCAGCUCGAGUCUUGAGACCAGGAGGAUCGUUCAUCAUUAGCUGGACUAGCAAGGCCUCGUUCCUCGACCGGCAGGUCCAGGGCUGGGGUAACCGUACGAGCACAGAGCGAACGGCCUUGGUGAAGGAGCUGCUGGACAAGACUGGCUUCAAUCGGGAGAGCGUCAGGCUCGACGUCUCUGGUCCAACCACCGGGAGCAAGCUGUACCUUGUCUCUGCUUGUACUUCUCCGAGCGAGCAGGGCAGAGCUGAAAUCCGAGACGCGGUGAACCCUCAGGAGCUUCUGUACACGCUCAAGGACAAAUCGAAGAAGCGACAGGACGCGAAGAGACAGAAGGAGCAGGACGACAAGCCCUUCAGGGUGAAGAUUAUCUCGCCGCCACCAGAGAGAAUGCUUGAAGGCGUUCACUUCUUCCAUCCUCGUACCCACAAUGGGGACAAGAUUGCUGUGGAGGGAGCAGACUACACGGUCAGCAAGGUCCAGUUCGUGUACGUCUACAGCGGAGGAAGAUACCAGCUUGAGGAGAAGGUCCUUGAGGUCCAGAAAUCCACCAGGUUUGACGUGAACGAGAAAUUGCGAUCGCUCUUGCCCGAGGCAUGA